ACUUCCGCGAGGGAGCGUGCUUCGACCCGCUCAAGAACGCUAGGUUUCACUCUGCCGAGUCUGCUUGGCUCGCAACAGUCAGCAGAGCAAGCGAACCCAAAAAACAAGCGAUGAUUACGUGAAUAAUGUUUUCACCAACUCCACAGAAACUAUUCACAGAAGCAUCAUCUCUCCAUGGCCUUAUCUUCUUAUAUUGCUCCUUCGGUCGCCCUCACAGCACCACUCCAACUAACCCCUCCUCUCGUUCCUGGCCUCCAUGCUCACUCUGUAUCCGUCCCUUUCUGCUUCCCUGCUAAUCCUAGCUGCAAAAGCGACAACUACAAGCUCUCUAGCUUAACGGCUCCUUUGAAAUGGAGGACCAGAGUUUCUUUCUUUCCAUCUUUCUUGAGCAAAGGUAAAGACACUAAAACCCUCAAGGAUGAACUUCUUGAGACCCUUGCUCCGCUUGAUCGAGGCGCUAACGCCUCUCCUGAAGACCAACAACGAGUCGAUGAGAUUGCACGUCAGCUUGAAGCAGUCAGUCCAACAAAGGAGCCACUCAAGUCUGAUUUGCUGAAUGGAAAGUGGGAGCUUAUUUAUACAACCUCGAGGUCAAUCCUGCAAACUGAGAGGCCCAAAUUCUUACGGUCAAGAGUAAACUACCAGGCAAUUAAUGUGGAUACGUUGAGGGCUCAGAAUAUGGAAUCAUGGCCCUUCUUUAAUCAGGUCACAGCGGAUUUAACUCCUCUUAACACAAAAAAGGUGGCCGUUAAAUUUGAUUAUUUCAAAAUUUUGGGCUUGAUACCUAUUAAGGCACCUGAAAGAGCUGAAAGAAAUCGUGGUCAAUUGGAAAUCACAUACUUGGAUGAUGAAUUGCGAAUUUCUAGGGGUGACAAAGGAAACUUGUUUAUCUUGAAAAUGGUGGAUCCAUCCUAUCGGGUUCCUGUCUGAUGUAUGAAUACUUCUGCAGCAUUAUAUAUGUUUGAUGAUUGAUAUUUCCAUCGAAUGAGAAGAGAGUGACUUCUUAAAUUUCUGCUUGGAGACAUCGUCUAUUGUACUUCAACAGAAGUGGGUGACUGGACAAGCUUUCUUGUCAUAUUUUGUUUCAAGUGCAAAAUUUGGGUGCUGAAUUUUCUCUAUCUUCAUACAAUUCCUUCUUCCUUUUCAAGAUGGCUUGCCUCUGGCUUUGGUAUGUUGUGUAUAUAUCAUCACAUUUGUGAAGAGACCAAUUAAAUGUUCAGAAUAUUGACAAUUAUGUAUAUACAAAUCUUCAUUCUGAAAUGGAGGGUGCCAUUGACAAGCAUUUGUAAGAUAUUGCUUAUAGAAAAUCAUGGAGUGCUGAACAAUCGUGAGCCUAUAUAUGUAGCAGAAUCAUAUUGGACAAUUACCAUAAGAAAGUAGCAAAAGCAAAUUGAGUUUC